CGCAUCGACGCCGUCUCCCAUCGUGCACCGCGCCGCGGCCUGAUGAGGCCUCGUUCCGGCUCCAUUGGGCUUUGAGGCGAUAAUGGAUAUCAGAGCGAGAUGGGCUCAAGGAGAUAGCGGCAAGGUGACCACCGUGGUGGCCACGCCAGGUCAGGGCCCCGACCGCCCCCAAGAAGUUUCGUAUUCUGAUAUCAAGGUCAUCGGCAAUGGGUCAUUUGGGGUCGUCUACCAGGCCCGACUAGCAGAUUCCGGAGAGCUGGUUGCUAUCAAGAAGGUGCUGCAAGAUAAACGCUUCAAGAACCGAGAGCUGCAGAUCAUGAGGAAGUUGGAUCACUGCAACAUUGUUCGCCUGCGGUAUUUCUUCUACUCGAGUGGGGAGAAGAAGGAUGAAGUUUAUCUUAAUUUAGUCCUGGACUUCGUGCCCGAGACGGUCUAUCGCGUGGCCCGACACUUCACCAAAGCCAAACAGACCAUCCCUGUCAUCUAUGUAAAGGUGUACAUGUACCAGCUGUUCCGCAGUCUUGCUUACAUCCAUUCUCAAGGCGUGUGUCAUCGGGACAUCAAACCCCAGAACCUACUGGUGGACCCCGACACAGCAGUACUGAAGCUUUGUGAUUUUGGCAGUGCAAAGCAGCUGGUGCGAGGAGAACCCAACGUUUCCUACAUCUGUUCCCGCUACUAUCGUGCUCCUGAGCUCAUCUUUGGAGCCACAGACUACACCUCAAACAUAGAUAUCUGGUCUGCUGGCUGCGUGCUGGCAGAGCUGCUUCUGGGGCAGCCUAUAUUUCCUGGGGACAGUGGAGUGGACCAGCUGGUGGAGAUCAUCAAGGUGUUGGGGACACCAACGCGAGAACAGAUCCGAGAAAUGAAUCCCAACUAUACGGAGUUUAAGUUCCCCCAGAUUAAAGCACACCCCUGGAUAAAGGUGUUCAAGCCUCGCACGCCGCUGGAGGCCAUCUCGCUGUGCAGCCGGCUGCUGGAGUACACGCCCGCCACCCGCCUCUCCCCACUGGAGGCUUGCGCCAACAGCUUCUUCGACGAGCUGCGUGAGCCCAAUGCUCGGCUGCCCAACGGCCGCGACCUGCCCCCCCUCUUCAACUUCAGUCCUGUGGAGCUAUCCAUCCAGCCAGGGUUGAACACAAACCUCAUUCCACCACACAUUCGAUCCCAGGCCAGCUCGGUGGGAAGUGUGCCUGGCUCCACAUCUUCGCACAGUGAGGGGAGAAUGGGAACCGACAGGAGCCAGGUUACACCCGGAGACGGAGCAGGACCCAUCGCCAACACAUCCUGAGGGGCUGCUGGGCCGGGGGGCAGGUCCCCUCCACUUACCCCCUACCCUCCAGGCCACCCACAUGGACUUCUCUGAACUGUGAACGGUGGGGGGGGGGAAGCAACGGUGUGGCCUGGGGGAUCAUGUGGAGCUUGCCUCCCGUUGGCCAGUGGGGAGGCCAAUCGGAGAUGAGACGGCCACUUGGAUGGGAAGGGGGAGGGGGCGGAAUUCCCUGUCUCCCUGAAUCACUUUGCGGUUCCCUCCCAUGUUGUCCCAUGAUGCCUCGGCACGGGGAGAGGGCAGAAAAAAAUCCCAUGGCUUAAGGGCUCCCUUUUUCAAAAGCAGUCAAGGUUGGUGCCUCUGGGGAGGGGGAGAGACCCAAGAGCUGCCAUCCCACCCCACCCCCAUUUCUCUCCUCCCCUCCCACUUUUCCCAAGGAUGGCCCAGUUCGAUUUUAACUUGCUCGUUUUUAACAUCCCCGAGGGAUACAAAAAAUGUUUUAUUUCCAGUCUCAUGUCACCCACGCUCUCCGAACUCCGACCCUGUGGGCCUCUCCCACCGGUCUGGUCCCUCACUGGGUGUCCCUCUCCCACCUGAGACCUGUCUGCCUCUGAAGCACGGAUGCUGUAUUUUUAAGCGGGUCAGUCUUUUCCCCCUUUGGUUUUCUUAUUAACCCCAAUAAAAUUCAACUUGUCACUUUCAGGUGGGGAAUUAGGACCAUUCCUUUUCCCUGAAAGGCCUCCCUCCCCUCAUCAUUUUGCUGGCUGUGCCUCCACCACAAUCUCUUAAUGGGAACAAGAAACUCCUAUCCCCCUUGCCUUGGACUGUGAGGGGGGCACAGCCAACCACACCUUCCUCUUCCAACCCUCCCCUACGUCAUGGCACCAGGAUUUCUUGUGGGAAAUCCUCUCCCCUUGCCCUCAGUACAGGCUGGCGUUGGAAGCUGUUCCUUCCCCAGGCAGGUGGAUAAAUUUACAGCAGAGCUUGCAUCUGCUCCCCAGCACCGCAAAUCAAUGAUGUGGGUGGAUGAGGGGGGAUGCUCUCUCAAA